GCGCCGCGCUUCCUCCAGCCUCAGCUUCCGCGUAGCUUCCCGGACAGCUGGAUCCUUAGCGGGAGCCGGAGUGCCGCCAGUGGCGGGCUUGGCGGCGGAGCAGGAUUCCGGGCAGGAGCCUGGCCUCUCAGGUGGCGGGCUCUGUGUCCCUGCGUGAUGGACGGGACAGAAGGCAGUACCGGGCAGCCCGGCCCCGCUGAGCGGUCCCACCGAAGCAGCGUGUCCUCCGUGGGAGCCCGAGCGGCUGACGUGCUGGUAUACCUGGCGGAUGACACGGUGGUGCCCCUGGCUGUGGAGAACCUACCCUCGCUCAGUGCCCAUGAGCUGCACCGCGCCGUCCGCGAGGUCCUGCAGCUCCCGGACAUUGCCCUGGAUGUCUUCGCGCUCUGGCUGGUCUCCCCUCUGCUGGAGGUGCAGCUGAAACCCAAGCACCAGCCCUACAAGCUGGGACGCCAGUGGCCGGAGCUGCUGCUGCGCUUCACCAGUGCCCCGGACGACGACGUGGCCAUGGAUGAGCCUUUCCUGCAGUUCCGAAGGAACGUAUUCUUCCCAAAGCGGCGGGAGCUCCAGAUCCGCGACGAGGAGGUCCUGCGGCUUCUCUAUGAGGAGGCCAAGGGCAACGUGCUGGCCGCGCGGUAUCCGUGCGACGUGGAGGACUGCGAGGCUCUGGGCGCCCUGGUGUGCCGCGUCCAGCUCGGGCCCUACCAGCCCGGCCAGCCGGCAGCCUGCGCCCUGAGGGAGAAGCUGGACUCCUUCCUCCCUGCCCACCUCUGUAAGCGGGGCCAGGGUCUCUUUGCUGCCCUCCGGGGCCGCGGGACCAGGGCCGGGCCGGGCGAGCAGGGCCUGCUGAACGCCUACCGCCAGGUGCAGGAGGUUGGCAGCGACGGCGGGUGCGAGGCCGCCCUGGGCACCCACUACCGUGCCUACCUCUUCAAGUGCCACGAGCUGCCCUUCUACGGAUGUGCCUUCUUCCACGGGGAGGUUGACAAGCCGGCCCAAGGCUUUUUGCACCGGGGUGGGCGCAAGCCAGUUUCUGUGGCCAUCAGUCUGGAAGGCGUGCACGUCAUCGACAGCAGAGAGAAGCACGUCCUGCUGGGCCUGCGCUUCCAGGAGCUGUCGUGGGACCACACCUCCCCUGAGGAGGAGGAGCCCAUCCUGUGGCUGGAGUUCGACGGAGACAGCGAGGGCACGCCUGUCAACAAGCUCCUCAAGAUCUACUCCAAGCAGGUAGCGCGGGUGGUGCCUGCACACGG